AUGACAGCAGUUUCUUCAUCAUUAGUUUUUCCGAACGUAGGACAUGAUGGAACGACGUGCAUGAGGAAGAAUGUUACUCCUUCAUCAGCAAUAUAUGACCCUCUAACACCUAUUGAUCCGACGCUAUUGGAGAAACUUAUGCAACACAUCAAGGCAAUUCCACCCAAACCACCAGCAGCACCAGGUAAAAAAGAAGUACUAACAGCUGAUCAUGAGAGUGACUUCCAUGAGAGACCGUGGCCGGAGAAUGAGUAUGAAUGGGUGUUUGAUAAUUUCAUGGUGAAACCCACAAUGUUCAUGUUCAAAGGCAAUGGUUAUGAAGAUAUGAUAAAUGGUAGGAUUCCCGAUCAUUGUCGAACAAACUUGAAGUGGUAUGAAGAUGUGGAUCACUUGUACGGAUGUCUUCAAACUGGCGGAAAUCACUGGGUUGCGUAUCACGUGGAUCUGAAGAAGGAGAAGAUUGAUUGCUACAAUCCAAUCUUUGGAGAGGUAAGACUCGAAAGUGAGCAGAGAAUUCUGAAUUCAUUUAAACCGCUGACGCACAUGAUUCCCGCUAUGUUGAGUGCACAUAUUCCUGCCAAUAUCCAACCCAUUAGUAGGAAGAAGUUCUCAUUCAGAAGGAGGAGCAAAAGUUACACUCCACAAAACACCCAGGUUGGCGAUUGUGGGGUGUAUUCGUUGAAGUUUGUGGAGUGUCUAGCGCUUGGUGUAAUGUUUGAUGGGAUAAAUGAUCAAAAUAUUCAAGGUUUAUGGAUGAAGAUGGCAGCAGAUAUCCUUGCUGAAGGAGGAAAUGUUGUGACGAACCAAAUGAUGGCUAAUUGA